AUGAAUCCGAAACAAUUAUCAGUUUUAUCUAACAAAUAUAAUCUAGAAUUCUCGGUUUUCUUACUCGAAAAAAAUUGCAUAAUUAAAUACGAUUUCAAUUAUUUCAAUAAUUUCUAUUUAAUGAAUACCGAUACACAAGAAAACAGUACUUACUGCAUUAUUCAUUCAGGUAAUAAUGCUAUAUCAAUGACAUUAUUCAAAGAUCCUAAAACUUCUCCGUUAAAUACUUUCUCGUAUUAUAAUUCAUUUUCAAUGGAAGGAAAACCAAUCGAAAUCAAAGAUGAAACUACUACAAUUACAGAUAAAAAAUUUAUAAUUAUUAAAUACACUAUUGGGUUAGGAAAUCCUUAUGGAUUUGUUGGUAUCUCUCGCACAACACCUAAAUAUAUGUCUGGUAGAUUCUUCUAUUCAGAUAUAGUUAAUAGACCUAUCACUUUUGAAAAUGAAACAAAAAUAGAUUCUAAAAUUGAUGAAAAAAUUGUUCAUGAAACAAUAAUUAAUGCAAAAUUUGGAAGAAACAGUGUUCAAAUAUCAAAAGAUACAGAAACAACAGUGGUCACUCCAAAUAUUCCUGGUAAAAACACUUUUGUUGCUUUCUUAAACUACAAUCAUUUCAAAUUUUCUGACAUUAAUAAACCAAAUGAAGUACUUAGAUCUACUGAAUCUUUCAAAGUUAUUGCAAAAGAUGAGGAUAGAAAUCUUGAUUUCGUUUUUUUUGCGCUUGAUACAAAAGAUUCUUCAUUAGAUUUUAUCAUCAAUCAGAACAGGAAACAAUAUUUGAUUGAUACAGGAAUCAAAUAUUUGCCUGAAUCUCAUUUAAUUGUUUUCAUUGGAUCAGAAGAUUAUAAUGUUACAACAUAUAUUUCCAAAAAGAUAGCUAACAAUAAAAAUUAUAAGAUUCAAAUUCAUUCAUCAUAUACAAUGAAUGAUGAACCAGAAACAAUCAUGAAUUCAAAAGCAUUAUAUGAUGUUAAUUUUGUCAUAUUUAGAGUUAUUGUACAAGAAGUUUGUGAAAAUUCAUUUAUUGGAAUAGCACUAAUUGCCAAGCAAAUUGAUAGAAUUAGGCCGGUUGUUAGUGGAAAUUUCUUUGUUCCUUCAAUACUUCACAUAUUUACAAAAGAAACUUCAUAUUAUGAUAAAGUUGUUCUUAGACCUGAAAAUUACCAUUCAAAAGUACCAAUAUUGGAUGAAAUUAAUCCUAUUAAAGUAGGUCCAAAUUCUUUGAUAACAUUCGAAACUGCUUUAGUUGAGGAUUAUUUCAUUAUUGCAGAAGCAGAUGGCAUAAAAAUUAAUGUUACUGAUCUAAAAAUGCAAGCAUUAAUCACAAAGAAAGAAACAGAACUCAGUCUAAAUGUCACAAACAAACAAUCAAUCAUUAAAGUACCAAUAAAUAUCUUCAAACUUGAUUAUCUAAAAGGAAAAUGUAAUGAAAUGAUUGUGUCUGGAGGAUCUCAAGAUAUUUCAAUCUGUAAUAAUUAUUCUACUUCAGAUAGAAAAUGCACUCAUAUCAUUACAAAAGAAAAUAAAACAUGUAUAUUCAAGCCAUUCAACUCUAAAUAUACAAGUUCAGAUAUCAUAGUAUCAAAUAUUAGCGAUGUUGAAAUUUUCACACCUGAUGGAAUUCCUAUUAAGAGUUCACUGGAAGAUACAAUUCUUUCAAUAAGUUCUUCUUUUGUUUUUGUUAUAAAUCCUCCAGAAGACAUUGAUGAAAGAGAAUUCUACUUUUCAGCAACAAUGAAGAAUGGAAACUCCGAAAUAGAAUCUCCUUAUUUGUUAGGAAACGAUGAAAUAUAUCAAUUUGAAGCAAAAACUAAAUCAGGUGCAAUUGCUGGAUGGACAAUCUUUUCAUUAAUUGUUAUAUCCUGCAUUGUGGCCGGUCUAGUUUUACUAUAUAAGAAAUAUUAUGACCCUAGAGUCAGAAGUGAUUCUGAAAGUGAAAGUUCAAGUCGAUCACCAAAUCCUCUUAAUAAUGGAAAUAAUGUUAGCGAGUCAAGUGAUUCAUGGAAAUAUUAA